UCCUUACACUUUGCGUAGGCUAAUAAUACGCCAACUUCUGGGCUAGUUUUGACGGCUCUAACAGCAUAGCAAGACUGAAGUCCGGCAAGUACUAGCUUUAGGUCAGCCACACAUUAAAGAUUGUCAAUUGAAACGGAAGUUUUGAAAGUGCGUGCGCAAUGGAAAAAACCGCGGAAACUCAUCCAACUUCCUGCAAUUUCUUAGAUUUUAACAAAAUGUCGAAAGUAAAGAAAGUUUUAGAAGAAGCUAAACAGGAAAACAAUCCUGAAAUUGAUCUUGUGGAUAAAGGAAUAACUUCGUUUGAAGAAAUGCCUGGCCUUCUUCUCAUGCAGAAUAUUACAAGGUUAACUCUAAGUCAUAAUAAAAUAGUCAUUGUUACUCCAGUCAUAGCCAAUCUUCCCAAUCUAGAAUCACUAAACUUGUUCAACAAUCAUAUUGAGGAUCUACCAACUUCGAUAUCUUCACUUCCGAAACUUAAAAUAUUGAACCUUGGUAUGAAUAGGUUAAGUACCCUUCCUCGAGGAUUUGGAGCUUUCCCACAGCUUGAAGUUCUUGAUCUUACAUACAACAAUUUAAAUGAGAAGAAUUUACCUGGGAACUUUUUUAUGAUUGAAACAUUGCGAGCUUUAUAUUUGGGUGAUAAUGAUUUUGAAUAUGUACCUUCAGAAAUUGGUCAGUUAAAAAAUCUUCAAAUAUUAUGCUUGAGAGAAAAUGAUUUAAUUCUUCUUCCAAAAGAAAUUGGAGAGCUCAACAGAUUAAGGGAAUUGCACAUUCAGGGAAAUCGUUUGACAUUUCUGCCACCAGAACUUGGAAAUUUAGAUCUUCUUGGCCAUCACUGUGUAGUUAGAAUGGAUAACAAUCCUUGGGUACCACCAAUUGCUGAUCAGUUACAGCUAGGAGUAACUCAUGUUAUAGAGUACAUACGCUCAGACACAUAUAAGUAUUUAUUUAGUCGUCAGCAGCCUGGAAGAUCCCCUCCUCCAAAAGAAAAUGACAAGUCAAAGAAAAUCAGUCGAAAGAGGGACAACAAUUGAAAUCAAAAUGUGUUAUCGAUGUAAAUUUGAUCAGCUAACUAAAGCAUGAAAUUUUGCCUUUUCUCAUUUAUUCAUAUUUUGUACAUGAACUUUGUAACAUUGUACUUUCUUGCCAUCCAUUUUGCAUUUCUUUGACUUCCAGCAUAUGAAAGUUAACAUUUCUCAUAGUAGAUGAAUGUCAGAAGGAAUUGACAUUAUCUUAAAACGGUUGAAACUGACAUUUAUCUCACUUCUUAGAAUUAUCUUUUGCCUCAACUUCGAAUUGCUAAGUUAGGAACUCUGAAGUUUUAUAAUUCACAUUUCACCAUACUCAAAAUAUUCAUUUUAAGUAUAUGACUGAUAAAGUUGUAAAUAUUUUAUAUAUAUUUUUUUUUUUUUAUAAAAUAUUUUUUUGCUAAACUGUUGAGAACUAUUUCAUGAUAUAUUUUUAUUUAUACACUGCCAUAUUCAUAUUUUGUGAGGGAUUGCAGUUAUAUAAUUGAAAAGCUCUUGAUGCGUAUGUUCAGAUGACAGUAUAAUUAUCAUGCUACAAACUUGCGUACAUUUUAAAAAAAUUGAACAGAAAUAAGUUAUUUAAUAAUCCUUAGAAAAUAUAAUGUUACUUGCAUAAUUUCAUUUACUAAAUAAGUCAAGUAUGAUGAGAGCUUUAGUGUUGUGUAUUAAUUUUUUUUUUUUUUUUUUUCCAUUUGAAAUUGUUUUGACUCUCACUUUUUAAAUGUUUGAAAUCUUAAUAUCAAAAGUAAUGAAACAGUAAUAACAUAUAUUUAACUACAGCAUAUUUGAGUUUUAUAUACAAAUGAGAAAGGAAGGUAUAUUAAAGAGAUGUGUUAACCACUCAGUAUUUAAAUAUAAUGCUCAGAGCAGCUCUUAGAUAUUGUUUAUUUUUUCCUUAUUAGCAAGCUAAGUUUGUUUAUUCAUGAUUUAGCUGAGGUAAAUUCACUGGCUAAUUCUUUAUCAUGUUGCAGAUACCGUUUUGUUUUCAGUGGAACAUUUUUCUGUUUAAAUCUGAUCAUGAUUUUAAGUUUUACAUUCCUAAUUUAUGUACUUCUGUGUUAGCUUAAUUCAAUUAUGUAUGAAGAAUUAUAUAUCAAAUGUUACUAUAUAAAAUUAAAUAUGUGUUCAGAUUUUGCAAUAGGGCAAAAUAUAGUCUUAUACUGACAGUUUUAUAGAAAAGCUGUGUGCAUUUUUACAUUUUACUCUAAAACUAGCAUCAGUAUAACUUUUUAUUUUUAACAAAUUUUAAAUUUCAAGCUGGCAUAUUUCUCUGUCAUCUGUAUCAGCUCUUUCUCACCCCCUAAACUUAAAAAAAGUAUAUAUGUUUGUUAAAUUGUAGCUGGUUAUUGUGAUUUAAAUAGUCAUGCCCUGCAAUAAAAUGUAUUUUUCACAAUUGGUGUUUGAAAACAAUCAUCAUAACCUGUUGUUAUUUACAAAAUUUUGCUUUAUUUUAGAGUGUUAUUUAUGUUAAUGCUUCUUAUAUUUAUCUGGUGUUGUAGCUUUCCAUUACUGCUAAGAAUUGUUUCAUGUUGAUGCUUUGCCAUAACAUUUUUAAUAGUAAUUGCUAUAUAAGUUUAAGAAAUUGACUUUUCAAAGCUUUGAACUAUAGUUGAGAAAAAUAUUUUCAAAUGGUUGCAACUAGAAUUAAGUGUUAGAUACGAGUAAUUAAUCAAGUUUCAUAUGUAUAAGAAAUAAAUGUGUUGUGUGCCAUAUUUAGCACUGAAUGAAGCUUUUUAUAUCAGGGGAAAAUUCCCUUUAUGUAAACAUUGCAAAGAUAGCAUUAGGAAUAAAUCAAGUAUUUUAUUAUAAACCAAAAA